AUGAAUUAUUUUUUAAUUUUAGUGUGGAUAGUACUUUGCUAUUCAGAAAUCAUUAAUGAGAAAAUCAGUUAAUUGCCUUCUGAUUAUAAACAUAAUUGGUAUGGAGGAUAUUUGAAUGAAAAUCAAAUCUAUUAUUAAUUUCUAGUAAGUCAAUCAGAUCCAGAUUCUGAUCCAUUAUUUAUGUGGAUGUAAGGAGGACCAGGUUGCAGUUCAUUAUUUGGUAACUUUUAUGAAAUUGGUCCAUUCUAAUUCAAACCUUUAUCAAAUGAAGUAUUCUGAUUCAUUUUAUUUAGUCAUUUAUCAAUCCAUACGCUUGGAAUAAAAAAGCUAAUUUAUUAUUUCUUGAAUUACCAAAAGGAGUUGGUUUCUCGAAUCCAUCCAAAUAUUAAAAUGAUGCAUCAGCUGCCUAAGAUGCUUUAGAUGCUUUAUUGGACUUUUUCAAAUAAUUUCCUAAUUAUGAAAAUAGACCAUUUUAUAUAGGAGGUGAAUCAUAUGCUGGAAUGUAUAUACCAUAUCUUGCAUCAUUAAUUAUUAAUUAAUCUAAGAAUACUAUAAAUCUAAAAGGAAUUCUAAUAGGAAAUGGUUGUACAUUAGGUUCUGAAUGUACAGAUUUAAAAUAACUACCGUUAUUUACUAGCAAAUAUUAAUUUAACAUUUAUUUUUAAAGAGGAUUUCUCAGUCUUGAAGACAAGUAAUAAUUCUUAUAAUUAUUAUAAUAGAUAAAAGUAUGAUCAAUUAUGUUUAGAUUUUAUAUCACCUAGAUGCAUUGAAUUAUAAAAAUAAUUAUUAGCUAAAAUUUAAUACUCAAGAGUAGAUAUUAAUAAUUUGUUAGGAGAAUGUUAUCAUAAUGACCCUGAUGUUUAAUAAGGAAAUGGUUAAAAUAAAAGAAAUCAUCAAAAUAAACAUAAAAGAUUUUUGCAUUUCAAAGGUAUUACUGAAUUACCAUGCAAUUAUGAAUAUGGAAACUAUUUCAUGUUAAAUAAUAAAACUGUUUAGGAUAUUAUGCAUGCUAAACAUAUGAAAUGGAGUUCAUGUAGUUCUAGCUUAGACUUUAAAGAAGAUGAAUAAGGAUCAUAUCGUUUUUAUUCUCAAUUCUUACAUUAUGGUCUUAAGAUUUGGAUUUAUAGUGGUGAUGUUGAUAGUAAUGUACCUAUUACAGGAACUUUAGAUUGGAUUCAAAUGCUUGUUAAAGAAUAAAAUCUAUAAGAAAGUGAUCCAUGGAGAGCAUGGUAUAUGGAAGGCAAGAAACCUAGAUAAAGAUAGGUUGGUGGUUUAACUUGGGAAUUCAAUAAAUAACUAAGAUUUAUUAGUGUAAGAGGAGCUGGACAUGAAGUUCCAUUUUGGAAACCAUAAGCUGCAUAUGUUCUUUUUGAUAACUUUAUUUAUAAUAAUACAAUUUGA